AGAAACCAGCUCUAAACACUGCCUUUGAUUUCUGAGGUAAUUUAGCAAGAACCUGUCAACCGUUGUCUAUGGCUGGGAGGGGUGUGCUGCUGCUUCUCUCUUCACAAUAACACACACAAAACGAGCGUGGGAGUCGGAGAUUCUCGUAUUUCCCUGGGCCUGUCGUGUUAUGAAGAAGGAUGAAGCUGCGUCUGCACUUCGUGGUGGACCCCAUGGGCUGGUUCUGCAUCAGCACGGUGCUGUUCAUCUGGUUCUACAACACCGUCCUCAUCCCCAAGCUGGUGCUGCUGCCACACUAUGCUGAAGGACAUAUACCUGGAGCAGUAGUUGUCUGUUACUACCUAGCAUCACUCUUAUGUGUGACUGCAUUGUUAAGGGCAUCCACCGCUGAUCCAGGACGACUCGAUCAAAACCCCAAAAUCCCCUUAACAGAACGUGAACAAUGGGAGUUGUGCAAUAAAUGCAACCUUAUGAGGCCAAAGAGGUCGCACCACUGCAGCCGCUGUGGACACUGCGUUCGCCGCAUGGACCACCAUUGUCCUUGGAUUAAUAACUGUGUUGGGGAAGAUAACCACUGGCUCUUUCUACAGCUGUGUUUCUACACUCAGGUCCUGAGUCUCUACACACUCGUAUUGGACUUCUGCCAGUACUACUACUUCCAGCCUUUAGUCUCAGUGGACAAGGAGUUAUUUAUGGUGCGUCAUGAGCUGGCGCUCAUUCGUGUGUCCUGCUUCAUGGGAUUGAUUAUGUUCGGAGGAAUGAGCAGUCUAUUCUACUCACAGAUCACAGGAAUCCUUUCUGAUACAACCACUAUAGAGAAAAUGUCUCACUCCUCAGAACAGAUUGCUCAUCGGUCAUGGCAGCAGUCGUUGGCUGAGGUGUUUGGCACGCGCUGGAAGCUCCUGUGGUUCCUGCCGUUCCGAAGCAGACGGCCACUAUACCCACAUUCCUCCUCCCACUUUCAUGUGUAGCAAAGCAGAGGCUGGAGUUGAGGACGUGAGCCUUUCUACUUUACACUCCUACUCUUCUCCACUCUGUCGCUUCACUGUGGCCUAACACUUCCCAGGUACCAAAACUGCAGUCUUCUUCAGGUUUUGCUCUGUUAAUGAACUUGACCACAUGUGGAUACGAUUCCACUUUAUUCCACGGCCAAGCUCUUGUCACAAGGUAUUAUUAGAGUACACAUUUUAUUUUGGUAGUGUGGAGACUUUUUUUUUUUUUUCCCCCCGUUCUUAUCUUUAUCUUUUUUUUUAUGGCAUGUGAAUGUGUGUUUUUACAAUGUUAGGGAACAUCAGGGUACGACCGAAUUAAAAGGGUUUGUUGUUUCCAGGGAAACACUCCGUGACUCAUUGAUUGGCAGGGUGCAGCUUAGUCUGAGAGGUUUUUAUCUCUGGCUUAUUGGGGUGGGUGGCUGAUGGCUCUAGAGGUGAGCCAUGACCUCUGGCAAGAGCUGAAGACAACCUCAACACUAACUCUGCUCACAAACACUUAGCCAUGCUUUAUGUACCACAUCACUGAAUCCUCAACUUGAAUACUGAUCAGGUGGCAGCACAAAGAUGCGUUCCGUUCUGUCACAGGUUUGCCUCGUACUUAUUUUAUCACAUGAUUUGUGCCUUUUGGAAUAUGUCAGAGAAUUUAUGUCAUUUGUAUAUAUUUUGCCAAAUUAUAUAAAAUCGUACAUGGUUUGUAUGGGAAUGAGUUAUCCUAAUCAUUUUUAAAGAAUGUUGCGCUUUUAUUAUUUGUGUUUUGUUUAUUUUAUUUAUUUUAUUUUUUUAUUACAUUUUUUUUUUCCAUAUUAAGCCUGUGACCAAAUCUGACCAAGGUUUGAACAAAUGCACCGUUGCUUUGUAGUAACACUACUAUAUAAAUCUAUAUUACAGGUAUAUACACACUCCACAUGUACAGCUUUAAGAAGGGAACGUUUGUACUAGAAAGUAUGUAUAUGUAUGUGUAAAAUAUAUAUAUAUAUAUAUAUAUAUAUAUAUAUAUAUAUAUAUAUAUAUAUAUAUAUAUAUAUAUAUAUUUUUUUUUUUGCUGUUAUUUGUUUUUUGAAUUGUCUUAUGUGAAGUGCCUCCUUAUGUCUGCUUGUUUUCAUUCCAUUGUGCCAAGAUUCUCCAUUUUUUUAUGAAGGCUGGUACGGAAAAACGGCUAACUGCAUAUUUUGAUGAAAAUCGAUGCAAUCAGCUCCACAUUUAUUGAACAUUCCCUCAAGAUAAUUGGCAAACAAUAUUGUAUAGAAUAAACUUUAUGCACAAAUUAAAUAAAAUGAAAGUGCUUGCUUUUCCUCUAAGGGCAAAAAAAAAAAAUCCACAUUAAUUAUGCAUUGUAAAAUUUAUUCACCUUGGUAAUCUACUUCGGUCAUUUCUCGUUUCUCUGGAGAAUAAAAGGUUUUGGGAAAUCUAAGAACAUUUAACACAAGAGACAAAAAAUGGAUGAGUUAGGGUUAGUUAGUUAGGAGGAAUGUCCAGCAUCCCUCUGCGUGUCCCCGUUCUAGCCGAUCAUUAGAGGAGAUUUCACCAGAUAACAAUUUUUUAGGAGUGAUCUUAUUUUAUAUAAGGGUUCCAAUAAUUAUGGAGCUGACGGUAGUCUUACCUAUUGUGGGAAUUUGAAUGGAAGUUUUCAUUUCAUAGUUCUCAAUUAUUUAUCUCUAAAUUAUUUCAGCACUGAAAUUGGAUUGUAAACUCUGUGAUUUUGCUAGUUUCUCUACAAAUGAAAAGGUCAAUACAAAUGGUCUAAUUGGAAGCUCUCCAUCAUAGGAUGAUGUUCUCACUUUUAAAUGGUACCUUUGCCUUAUGUCUAAAUAAAUGUCUUAAUUGAUUUUGAA